AUGGAGGACCUCGAGAUGCCAGAAGGCUCACCAUCUCUGGACGCUGGACCAGAGCCACAGCACGGCGCAGACCCAGGCGACCCUCUGCGACCCGAGAUCGAGGAAGAAAACAACGCAGCAGGAACACCACCCAUGGCAGAUCCUGAGGCCGACAUGGAGACGCGCGACGACGACGAGCACCCACUGACAGACAAUGUCGCGGGCCAAGAGGACAAAGCACACGACGCAGCAGACGAAGACGCCGACCACACAAACGUAGACAACACAGCCGAUGCCAUCAACAACGAUGAUGUUGACGACGAGUCAGAUCUCGACGAGGUCAACGAGGCCGAAUUCGCUGACUUCAACCCUGACUCCAUGGAGCUCAACACCCAGCGAGAGAUUGAUGCAGACACUAUAGGUGCUAUCGGUGUGCACAAGCGGAAGCGAACAGCCGAGGAGGAAGAGGAGCACCAGCGGAAGAAAAAGAAGAAGGAGAAGAAGCGUGAGAAGCCGAAGCGAAGACGUGCUGGGGCUGACGAGGACGACUUUGAGGGUGGCCCCGAGAUCGAUGGCAAGAGGAGCAGGAAGAGCAAGGUCGAUGCGGAUGGCAAGCCUGUCAAGCGCGCAGGCAAAGCUCCAGAGCCAGAAGUCAACGAGGAGCACUUGUCUCCGGAAGAGAGACGACGUCGCGCUCUCGAUCGCAAGAUGGACGAAGCCCUCAAGUCGCACCGCGUGUCUCGGCGCAAGGCUGCACAGGAUGCCGAGGAACGUGCCGAUCACGAGAUCGAAGCCAUCCGCCGGCAGAUCAUCCAAGCAUGCGAGGCAGAUCAGAAGGCGCGAGAAGUCAAUCAGAUCGCAACGGCCAAGAUCAAGAUCCUUCCCAAAGUCGUCGAGCUCAUGAACCGCAACACGAUCCAGUCGCAACUCGUGGAUCCAGAAGUCAACAUUCUAGAGGCCGUGCGCUUCAUGCUCGAACCAGCCGACAAGGACGGCGCCCUUCCCAACUACCAGAUCCAACGUGAGCUCUUCGCUAUCCUAAGCAAGCUCAACCUCAACAAAGAGUGCCUGGUAUCAUCCGGCAUCGGCAAGGUCAUGCUCUUCUACACCAAGUCCACCCAAGCACAACCCGAAAUCAAGCGUCAAGCCGAACGACUUGUUGCCGAGUGGAUGCGCAUCGUCCUGAACAAGGGUAAAGACCGCCGCAACCUACCUGUCGAGAGCCGAACCUACGACCCACUCGCCGCAGCACAGAGCCAGCGCGCAGGUGCAAGCCAGAAGGACCGUGCCACGAUCGCGGCAGAGAACAGGAGGAAGGCACUGUCACAAGAAGGACCUACAAAUCGUGCGAGAGUGCAGGGUGGUGUGGGUACCUACACUAUUGCUCCUGUCAGCAACUUGAGUAAUGCUCAAGGCGUCAGCUCGAGGAAGUUGGGUGCGAGUGGUGAGGAUCAGUUCAGGAAGAUUGCAGGCCGUGCGGCUGUCAAGAGCGGACAGAGCAGUCGGCGGUAG